AUGGACGGGUUUGCCGAAGCAAACCUACUGCUCACGACUGCUCUGGAACAACUCGACGAUAUCCUCAAGAAUGACAUUGACAAUGGUAACGCCGAUGAUGAGAGGUCUUCGAAGGAAAAUUGUACAAGGACGUGGAUAACAACCGAAUGGAAAGGUCGCGCCGAGUUCAGUUCCGAUGGUUCUUCCGGAGUCGAAUCACCGCCAUCUGACUUGCCAACGUCAUCAUCAUCAGUGUUCAACCCACCAAGAAUUUAUCAAGAUUUUGUCAAGGCAAUCGAUGAGCAUAUGAUCACAGAGAGACCAGAUCUCGAGACUCGUCUCAAAAUCAUGCAAUGGGUUGCUGGUCGUACGCUAAUUGACAUUAUAACUCAAUUUGCUGUGGCGCCGUACGGAGUCAAAUAG